CGCGCGCGAUAUCCGAGGCACCAAGUGUGCUGAGCUGGAUUGACCACACAUCGUGCCUGUGCAAGACCAGAUCUCGCAUCACACAGCCCGCUUCCAUCUUGGUCCGCAAAUAUCAGCGUGGGCCGCUUCGCCCGCGGACCUCCCGCCGCCCUUCCCUCAGCCCCACCCACACACCAUGGCCUCCUCCCUCUCCGCACGUUGCUGAACGGCGCACUCCCUCCCCCAAUCGUUAAUGCGAUACUAUCGCGUUCGACUCUCGGUGCACGCAUGAACUUUACCUUGGAUGAUUCGGCGCCUCAGUUGGUGUAUUCCCCGACGUGGGAUACCCAAUCGAGCAAGGAUCCUGACCUCGCGUCCUUUUUCCAAUCCACCUACCACACCGCUGUGGCCGACGGAGCCACUGUCAACUUCACCUUUUCAGGAUCUGCCAUCUUUCUCUAUGGCUCCAAAGGACCGGGACACGGAAAAUACAGCGUACAAUGCGACAACGUCAUAGCCAACCUGGACGCGCACGCGAGCGAGACACAGUUCCGCCAGUUGUUGUUCGGCUAUACGUUCCCGAACAGCACCAACGCUCAAGGGCACUUUGUCUCCUUCACGGCGCAUUUGGCUCCUGGCAGCAACUGGGUGGAUCUGGACUAUGUGACAUUCUCUCAAGGGAUUUCACAGACGUCGUCGUCUGUUGAUGGUGGGGACUCGUUGACUGCGCCUUGGGAGACAAGCUCUACCGGAGCAUCGACGGCCGCGCCCUUCGCAUCGAGCUCAAGUGCAUCCGCAAGCUCAAGCCUUGCGAAAACAUCAGAGAGCAAGACCCCCAUCAUCGUCGCUGCUGUCCUCGGUACCAUCCUCGGCAUCAUCCUCAUCAUCGCUAUCGUGAUCCUGAUUUUCAUGUACCAUCGAAAGCAGAGGGACAGGCGAGAGGCCCGCUUCCGCUCCGGGAGCGCAACUUUCGCCAAUCGGGAAUCCAAUGCUGGUUCGAGCGAAGAAGACAAGCGACGGGAGUCGCCGUUCCCUUCCGCCUCGCGCGGCCUGUUCCGGAGUAGCGAUCGGGGAACUGUCUCGUCUGUGGCCCGGUCGGAUGAACCCGCGAUGCAGCACCGUGCGGGUUCUCAAGUCAGCAUGCCCGUCGUGCCUCCGCGGCCCAAGCGGGGUAUCCUGUCUGGCCUCAUCCAACCUUCGAACACGCCCGGUCGCUACGAUGACGGCAACUCCUUGAGGACGGAUUUCUUACAGGUCUGAUCGCCAGCGCUCGCGGGCAUGCAUGCAUUGGGGAAUCGCAUCGGACUUAGCAAGCAAAUUCGCUUCCAUAUCACUAUUUAUGUUCUUCGUUCGCGUUCAUUUUAUUUGACAUUCGUUCUCGCCACCUUCGUUCUUCCCGUUCAGUCAUUAUAUAAUCCCGACCCAUCUUCGAAGUUCGUAAUUCUCUUACUCUCACACAUAUGGGCUAUCUUUAUUGCACAAGGACAGUCCUGCGGACUGCUCUGUACUUAUGUCUCACUUGCUCUCCGUGCCAUGAUUACCAUGAUGCAGUCGACGCCCAC